CCUGUGCUGCAGCGUUACGAAUUAGGUGCUAUCUUCUACUCAUCACUGUCGAUCAUGAUCUAUCAGGUGCAUCAGUGUGUAUUAUUGGGACUCGCAGUCAUGCUGCUGAAUGCAGGUGGUGCUGCAGAUCUCCAGAAGCCCAGCCUCUCCGUCAGCAGUAGGAUGAUGACUCUCUGUGACCGGAUUGAACUGAAAUGUGCAGCUGGAUCAGAUUCAGAUCUGCAGUGUUCUUUCAGAAUCCACCACCUGAACACCUCCAUCACUUCCCUCAACCUGUCUCACAGUGAGCGGUGUGAGCAGCUUGUGAGCGGGGAGACUCUGAUACGGGCUGGAGCUCCAGGCCUGCAGGAACUCUGGACUGAGUUGGAGAUCUCCUGUACUGUGACCAACGGAUCAGAGCACAGCGAGAGCAGACCAGAAACAGUAACCGUGUGGAGGAUAAAUUCACAGUCUUUAUACAUUAUUACUGUUGUGACUGGUGUGGGAGGCUUCAUUCUCCUGGUGUGGAUCUGUGUCUGCCUGAUUUGCAUCAUCAGUUUACCUAUAAAAGGCACCAGACGCAGAACGGCUUCUCCUAGAACUGGGUGUGAAACUUGUGAAAAAUGUAUCACAGAUGAGCGUAACCUGAACCCUGCUGACUCAUUUAGUGACGUGGCGGAGCAACUAUCCAAUUCACAAGGUUUUGAUGAAUAUUUCGAUCCAGAAGAAAAGGAGGAAAAUGAGGCGGCAGAAGAGGAGCUGUGCUACGCCACAGUGCUGCACCCAGGCGUUUCUGAGAACUCUGUUCAUGCCAUCAGAUUCAGCCACAAGACUGAGUACGCUGUGGUGGUCAUAAACAGUAAAUAA